UCCCCUCCCCACCAACGUCACCAUCCCUCCGAAACUAACAACAUGGAGUCCGGUGUUUAGAGUGCAAAGGCGGUCUUCACCGUUAGCUGCCCUACAUGCUUUCCCCGCUGCUCCCGAGGGAAGGCAGCGACGCUCCGGGACGCAAAACACGCAACGCACACAUGCUCUAUAAGCGCUCGUGCGUUCGUGCAACUUGAAUCCAUAAAGGACAUGGAGAGCGCGAUGUGAUUGGACGCAGAAGAUUCCAAAGACAGGCCGCUUUCCGACAGGAGAAUUGGACAGCAGUUGUACCCAAGGGGACCAUGGAGCCUGAGGAGGAUCUCUCGACCAGGGACCCUCAAGAUCUGAUGUCCAGCCAAGGGCUACUGCCUUCAGCAUCCACCUCCUUACUCAGCUGCACCUUCCUGGGGGGGUUAUUGCAUUGUGAUGACACAAUGGAGAAGGGUGAUGGAAAUGGAGAUUCAGAUGGUCCAAAAUGCUUUUUCCCCACAUUGGAGCAAUGUGGUAAAGUACAGAGGAGUCCGCGAUCUUCAGCCUUCCCCUCAUCUCUGACAUGGGACUCGGACUCGGAGAAAGAAACCUUGGAUGAGGAAGAUCUUCAGCACUUUUCCAACCCUCAUGGUCUGGCUGCUCACAGCCCAGGAAGUCCCAGCUCUGGACAACAAGAAGACAGAUUUGACAUUGUUCCGUGCCAAGAACCUGUGGAAACCAAACACUUAUUUCUUGAAAAGAUCCCACUUUCCCCUCUGGAGGUAGAGAACCAAGUAGAUGUUACAUACAAGGAGCCGAAAACUACAGACUCCAGCCUACCAAAACAUACAGCAAAACUGGAACAAGACAAAGUGAGUCAUCUACCAGAUACUACACCAAAAGAGGGAUGCCAAAAAGAAGAGAAAACUGAGCAGAAAAUGCUUAAUAGUAGAGGGCAGAAAGAGAAGAAUACCAAAGAGAAAGAUGUAUACACCUUCCCAGGAGACUCUGAGCCAGAGAGUCCACCGCCUGGACCUUGGGCACAUUGCACCUUCAUCCAGCGCCGAAGAAAAAAGAGAGCCAUAUUGAGGCCUUUUUCUGGCUUAGACACUUGGCAACACACAACGGGAGCCGGCAGAAGGACCAGAGGAAAACCCUCGGGAUCAAAGGAGCAUGGGAAAACCACAAAGGUUGGGGAAAGUAAGUUCAAAUUUAAAGAGGAAAAGGAAGAGAAGGUACGAGGAAGGCAGAGGUCAGUAGUAGAUCACCAACUGGAUGGAGACCUCUCCCAAAGUAUUUUUACAUGUGUAGAAUGUAGCAUUUACUUCAAGAAACGUACCCAUCUACGUGAACACAUGCGAGAGCAUGGCCAGGUUGGUGGAUCUCGGAAGAAUUUGCAAUGUGGAGAGAAAGACUCUUGGAGUGGACAUCUUAAUAAAAAUGCUUUUGAAUGCAUAGAGUGUGGUCUGGAGUUUGUAGACAAGGUAUUGCUGCAAGAUCAUCAGCAAUGCCACGAGGAGUCACGGCAGAAAAUCCUUGAAGAGAUUGGAAAAUUAAAUGAGGGGGACAAGGGGGUGGCAGAGCAAGCAAGUUGCAGUAAGGCAAUGGAGCCAGUCAUCCAAGAGUCAACGAAGGUCAGCCAGUUUGUGUGUCUUAAGUGCAACUUUAGCUCUGAAUUGCCUCAAGAAUUUGCUGAGCAUGCCAAGAUGCACAACACCCGAACAAGGGCUGGUGUCUAUCGAACUUCUCCCCGAUUUCAGCAGAAGUCCUGCAAGAAAGGACAGGUUCAGUCCUCUGCAGCUGCUACAUCAACUUUUGUCACGUCACCUCUCAAUAAGAGGUACCCCAUCCGAACAUCAAAAAAAUCUAAAGAAACACAGCCUGAAAGUGGCCCUUCACAGGUGGACUCUAGUUCAUUGUCUUGCCAAAAUGCUUCUACAACCCCAAGGGAGGCCACAGACCAACCUGGUAAAGCAAGUUUGAAUGAUAACACAGACCCUGCUGGGGAGUUGAGACAAACCGGAGAGGCCAGGACAACUGUGGCUAAUCUUGUGGAAGAGAAUGUUCCACAACUUCAGCAUCUCAUCUCAUCUCUGCCAAAUCCAAGGGCUGCUCCACGACGUAAGGAUGUGGCAUUCAAGAGCAUAGGGAAUAAACGCACAAUCCGGACUAAAAGGGGUAAACGUGGGCGCACAAGAGCGAGUACAAGACUGGAUCCUAAAUCCACCCUUACUCCCAUUAUGAAAAAACAAGUCCAAAUCUCGAACCAAACUGAAGAUAUGGGCCAGAUAGAAGACAUUCCAACACCAGAACCAGAACAUGAUCCAAAACAAGACUCAAAAAAAGACCCUGUGGAGGUACCUGCCCUGGCCUUGCAGCUGAAGAACAGCUUCUCAGCCAGCCUCCGAGGGGCAGCAGAGAGGCUGGGGUUGCUUGAGGGGCAGCAAGCCCAGCUAAGAAACAAGUUACCUCUCAUCCUCAUAGAGUUUCUUAGCUCUGACCUCCAAACUCCCCUCUCAUGCAGCAGGGUGAUGGGGACGGAGCCACCCGCCAAUGAUCCGGAUCUCAAAUCCAACUCCCCCUCACAAAAGAAGAACAGCAAAAAGCUUGAAGCACAGGAGGAACCCAAAGUCAAAGACAAAUCUGAUAGUCAGGAGAAGAGUGUAGAAGGCAAACUUGUUGCUGCAAAGCUAGAGGAUGAGGAUGAGGAUGAGGAUGAGGAUGAUGAUGAUAUUAAUGCUGACGAAGAUGAAGAGGAUGUUGUUAAUCGCCUUAUUGGUGCAUUAACUGAGGAAGAUGAUGAUGAUGAAGAUGAUAGAGAGGGGUUGUUGAAGAAUGUGGAAAGAAAAUGCCCUUAUUGCUCGGAUCGAUUCCAUAAUGGCAUCGGACUAGCCAAUCAUAUUAGGGGUCACCUGAACAGAGUGGGUGUUAGUUACAAUGUAAGGCACUUUAUCUCCCCAGAAGAGGUCAAUGCUAUUGAGAAGAAAUUCUCCUAUCAGAAAAAGAAGAAAAAAGUCGCCAACUUUGACCCAUCAACCUUCAGUGUGAUGAGAUGUGAGUUCUGCAGUGCCGGCUUUGACACCAGGGCUGGUCUCUCCAGUCAUGCCCGAGCCCAUCUCAGAGACUUUGGCAUCACCAACUGGGAAGUCACGGUUUCUCCCAUUAAUAUUCUCCGAGAGCUUUUUGCCAAACAUCCAGAUCUUGUUCUACCUACUGCCACCCCUCAUACUCUCCAGUCAGAUCAAGAACAGAACUCUGAUGAGGAGCAAGAGAGCAGGAAAGACAUGAAGGAUGAGGAGAACAUGACAGCAGAACCCACCACUCUUUCUUCCGACUCUCCAAAACUGCGCUGGAAGGAAGAACACAGUAUCAGUGAAUUGGAGGGUGGAGAGGAGGCAGAGGAUGGAGAAGAAGAAGAGGAGGCCCAAAUACCUGUUACAGAUAAAUUGGCCACAAGUCCAGGAGAAAAGACCCUGUUCUCAAUUGAGGAAAGGAGCCCUGAAUCCAAAGAGACAGACGCUAUGGGCUCUAACCUGUUGAAAUGUGAGUUUUGUGGUGCUACCUUUGAGACUCGUCGUGGUUUGUCCAGCCAUGCCCGUUCUCACCUACGGCAGCUCGGCAUCGGCAUGUCGGAGAACAGUGGUGCACCCAUUGAUCUCCUUUACCAGAUCACUAAGGAACGCUCCAUUGAUGCUCACUUCACUGGCACCUCUUCUACUGUGGAAUCUCCUAAGAAGCCCCAGCUCCAUGCCCAUAUUGUUCCUAUACCUAGCCCCACAAAAGAUGUUGAAACUGAAGAAGGGUUGCUGGACACCAAUCCCACUGUCCCAUUCUCUAUUGCGGGUUCCACUAUUAAAGUUUCCUCUUCCCCAACUACUCACUCUGCAGCUGGUUCUCUGCCUUCCUCUCCAUUUGUAAAGUCUCGGUCCCCUUCCCCAGUACUGAGAAAAGCUCCCAUCUCUUCCCUGCUACCCGUGUCUUCACCAUUGCGAUCCCAGGAGCAUAAGACCAUAGGAAAAAAACAGUCUACAAAUCAUUCCAGUCCGAACAAACCAUUCUGGGCACCGCAAGAAACGGAUGCCCCUUUGAAUCUUACAAUGGACGUGGACUCUAAAGACAUUAUUUGCCAGUUGUGUGGUGCGUGGUUUGAAACAAGAAAAGGCCUGUCGAGCCAUGCUCGUGCCCAUUUGCGCCAUUUUGGGAUUGAGUACUCUGAAUCCAAGGGCUCCCCCAUUGACUUACUCAACCGGUUCAUCUUGACUGAUGACUUUAAACACAGAGCAAAUUCUUUUCUCUCAGAUGGUCCUGAGGACCUAAGGUCCCAGAAAACCAGCAUGACUUCCCUCCAACCCUCCACUUCCUCUAAGAGAUCGCUUCCCUCCAGCCCUGUCCUAUAUAAAACGGCAAAUUCUUCUUUGAAGACAACCAUUGGCUCCAAAGCUACAUCUUCUUCUACCCGCCCCUUAUUGGGCCCACCUCCAAAGAAGCUGAAACCCUCUUCAUUGCAAGUCCUUCGUUUCAGUAGUGGAGAAGUGAUGUCCUUUCCUAUAGAGCCAAUGAAAGAUGUGGGCUGUGAAUUCUGUGGAGAACUUUUUGAGAACCGCAAAGGCCUCUCCAGUCAUGCCCGCUCCCAUCUGCGCCAACUUGGGAUCACCGAAUGGUCUGUGAAUGGCUCACCUAUUGACACACUAAAAGAGAUUAUAGUUCGCCGAGGCCUACCUUCAAUCAUGCCUCUAAAGUCCCCCAAAUCUCAGAGCCCAGGACUGUCUCGGCCAGGGAAUGUGCUUGGGCGCCAGCCUUUGCACUUUGCCCAAACACCAAGCCACGACCAGCCUACUAACCGCAAAAUGUCUCCUUCGACAUCCACUGCCAGUUCUUCCCCAACCUUAGAGCUGGUUAAACUGAAACCAGAGCCUGAAAUUGUAGAGGUUACCAUGAAAGGAUCAGACAUUGGAGUAAAUGAAAGCUACAACCCAGAGCCACUACAUUCCAGUUUAAACACUUCAGACAGUAUUUAUCCAGUCAACUUGGUUAUGACUCAGGAGAAGGAACCUUCCCGUGAUAUUCGCUGUGAAUUCUGUGGCGAAUUCUUUGAAAACCGCAAAGGCCUCUCAAGCCAUGCACGUUCACACUUGAGGCAUAUGGGUAUCACAGAGUGGUCUGUGAAUGGCUCACCAAUUGACACACUGUGGGAAGUCAUGAGGAGACAAGGCACUACCCCUGCAUCUGUUGCCUUGGGCAUAAAGGAGGAACCGGGACAGGAUGGUGGGAUUUCAGUGAACAGUACGGGCUAUCAGUCCUCUGCUCUGUCCCGUAAGUCACCUCUUAACCUGCUCCACUCUGGUUCACGCCUCCAUAAGCAUGGGCUGGGAAGCAUUGCCUUAUCCUCCACUUCACCUGUGGGGAAGAUUUUUGGAGUGCCUCCAUUGAAGAAGAAGGUGAUGUUGGAGGAGGAACCGCCAGGAGAAAAACUGCUCAUCCAAUCUAGAAACUUCUUGCCUCCCUCACAGGACUAUUCAUUUAAGGGUAAAACCUCAACAGAGAAGCAUGGGGUAGGCCACAUGGAUACCAGUUGUGAACUCUGUGGAUUCUACUUUGAAAACCGGAAGGCGCUGGCCAGUCAUGCUCGAGCACAUUUACGACAGUUUGGCGUGACGGAAUGGUGUGUAAAUGGUUCACCUAUCGAGACACUGAGUGCCUGGAUACGCAGCCGUCCACAGAAGGCAGCAGAGAUGCAGCAAAGUUAUGCACAAGGAGCCCGUUAUACCCAAAAGAAAAGGUGCAGUUCCACUCUCUCACCAUCCUGCGACUCUGACCCUACUUCAACUGUUUCCCAAAAGCCCACUGUGGCCAAGUGGGCAUCUCUCACUUUGCCUCAGAAGAGAGCAGUUGGACGGGAUGUCAACAGUUGUUCCUGGGGAUCAUCGUCACGGGGAACAGAUACAAAAAUCAGGAGUGGAACUUCCACUCAGCAUGGCCUUAUUCCACAGCCUGGCAGUCAGCGUUCCAAUAAUGCCCUUCCACAUGCGCAGGUGGCUCAUAGUGAACUCAACGUGCGUUUGCCACGAGGAUUUGAGAGACGACCACUUAAACACCCGUCACAUUCUGAAGGAGGGGAGGGAGAGAGUGGCCCCCCGAAGCCUCGCUCCAGUACCAUUCCUGCCCUUGUGCCAAAGCCGCCCUCCACCCCACUGGUUAGCCUUGUGGGUAAAAUUUACUCACUCAAGUGUCGGUUCUGUGACGUGGAGUUUCACGGCCCUCUCUCGGUACAGGAGGACUGGAUCAGGCACCUACAGCAGCACAUCCUCAAUCUUAACUACAACAAGACUGCAUCACGUGCAAAUGACACUCCUGCCCAAAGUGACCCUCCUGAUCCCAAGCCCGUAGUCUUAGCUGCUACCUCCACUUGCACUACAACUCCAUCUGCACCCUCCCCAAAGCCUGCAACUAUGCCCACAUCAGCCUCUACACCUACACCCGCACCCAACCAAUCCUCCGCGGGGCAGCCGGCCACAGCAGAGCCACUUCCUUCUCCUGCUAAUUAGGCCAUGUGUCCUUCCUACAUAUGUAUAAGAUGCCAUCAUCUUCAUCAGUUAUUUCCACAAUUUGUUUCUGUUUUUACUCAUCCUGAUCAUUUAAAUCUUGAUCAAAGGGAGAGAUAUUUCGAAAAAUCUCAGCUAGUAACCCACUUGCCCUGACCUACAUCGCAAGCAUCUGUUAAGAUUCGUGUUGCCAUGGCAGUUUUUAUCUCCCUUUCAUCUCUUAAGAAUCGGUAUUUAUAAACAAGAAAAAGUCACAGUAUUAUGCACUUUUUCCCCAUGCAUUUAUGUUUUGUGGAUAUGCUUUGUUGUGGAAAGCAGAAUGAGUAUGUGGUGAGUUCAGUUCUGUAAGCUGUUUGGCCCUUAUACCCAAUGCCUAAUAUUUGUUGUUCAAAACGAACUCACGAAACUGUUUAGCUUACCAAAUGUAUUCUUAAGUUGUCGACAGAUCAGAGAAUUACAAUCAAAAAAAGGCACAGAUUUAAAACUCAAGCUUAAAUGGUUUAACUGUGAAGCACUUAAACGAAAAGCCUUGACCCCUUGAAACAAAGCUUAUCUGUUUCUAGCGUUUGCAAGUUCAAAGUUUGUAACAGCGAUAAUUGACUACAAGCUUGCACUGCCACGCAGUUACCAAAAAAACAUGAAACACUCGUUUUAAGCAGACACCGAUUCGUGUCUAAAGGGGACAUGCCUUUUCUUUUUGGUUAACGAUCCCACUGCAAUCUUUGACGUUUUGAUAAUCUCAUUUGAAUCUUGCCACUUAGAGAUGAUGAUCAAAUUUGUCUGGAACCAGUUGCUGCUAAAUAUUUAAAUAAGCUAAGCACACUUAGUUAAACGACCAACAUUUGUACAAUAUGUGCAUGCAAAUUCUGUCAUGCCUUCCAGUUGAAUUCAACCAUACGUAUUUAUGCCUCUGUUGCUUUUUUGGAUGUCACAUUAUUUUGUAGCGCGUUUGCACAAGCUCAUGCAAUGCUUUGCAUAAUGCUUUGAUGAAUCCGAUCCUAGAUCGCUGCAUUUUCACAGCAGCUUUCUCGUUAAUUCUGUGCUUGGCACAAAGUAAACUCCAAAUGAAACAGCCAACGCAGCUGUCUAAAAGUCUUGGUUACAUUUUAAAUGAUAAUGAAGCUUUCUGAGAAAUUGCCUUGGAACAAGUUGAUGGCCCGAAGUAUUUUAAUCUUAUAAAGGUCACUUUUUUUCCAGAUGCAUUUCAAGAGAACCCAAAUUUAUGGCUCAUCUGAAUGUUGAAAGAACUGAACUAUCUGGCUACACUACAUUUGAAUGUUUCACUAGAGUAAAAGGUUAAUGCACUUUUAUCAGUGAAGAAUUAGGGAGCAUUUGUGUGUUCAAACUCUUGUGUAUUUAAAUAUAUACAUAUAUUUAGUUUUUCUGAGCAUAAAGUGCUAAGUCUAUGAUGCUUUUUACUUAGUUUUUCCCUGUACCAAUUUGAAAAAACGCUAACUGUAGAAAUAUGCCAGUGACAAAAUGUGCCAAAGAGAAUGUCACACAUCUCUCGGUUACUUUGUAAGUUUUUUGCACGUCCUUUGUUUUGUCUUUGAGCAGUCGAUGGCAGCAGCAGAUUUUCUGCUGUGGAUUUGCUUUAAAAAAAAUAUAGAAACUGAAAACUGAGUUGUAAUAUAUGAGUACUACACCAUAACUGUGGUCCCAGGAAUUGACUAUGAUGAUUUUAACCACAAAUGCGGUGACUGUCUCCAAAAUAUACGAGUGUUUUUGGUUAAAUGUCCAUAUCUGCACAGGAAAGCAAUCACAAACCGGUCCACUAUGGAUGUUUGGUGCAGCUUUCAUGACUUAACUCUUGACUGUUAGGCUUUUAGUAUUCCAAAAAAGGGAAUAUUAUUGAUAUAUCUAACCUAACAUAUGUACAGACAUGAAGAAGAUAUUAACAGUUUAACACUUUAAAUGUGAUCUUGAUCAUUGUGAAUUUAUUUAGAUUUUUAAUGCUUUGUGUUUUUUAAUGAGACGUGCGUUCCUUUACUUGCAGUUGCAUACCAGUGGAAUAGAUCAGUGUUUUAUUUUUUAUUCUGUCAGUUUCUCUUUUAAGAUACAGGACAUUGGUGCUCAUGCGGAUGAGUGGAUGUGAAUGGGUUUUUAAUCGAAGGUUGUUCCAAGUCCUUAUGCAAGGACUCUAAAAACGUGUCUUAAAUGCAUCUGCUCUGUACAUUAUGUAAUUGCUUAGUUGGGUCAUUUUGUGACUGUUGCCUAGUUGGCAUGUGCUUUACAGCUGAUGGUGUACGUUCUCCUAAAGAUCUCCUCAGCUGGUUUAGACUGCAGUCUCUGUACAAGUAUUUGUGUGUAUGAGAGAGAUGAAAAAACUUUUUGUGGCUGAAAGAGAAAAAAAACAUGGAAGUGUUGACCAGAGGAGGAUUCGUGUGAAUCUGCUCUUGAAUGAAAAUCAAUAAAUGUGAUCUGAAAUCUCGGCAAGAAA